AGCAAAAGUCAAUACACAGCUUUCUACAGCUUAUUAAGAAAAUAGCCUUUGUACUCAGGUGACCAGAAAUUGUGUAAAACUUUAACAGCCGUCAUGUUUGCAAAUCCAGCAAAGUUAUCUUUGCAUGAGUUUACUGUGAAAAGCAGGAGGUGAGGAGAAAGAGGGAGGAAGAAUGGCAUGGGAAAAAGCAACAAAGCUGGUCUAGCUUUUCUACUUUCUAGUGGAUCCAAACAAGGAGCGCGAAGAAUCUCAGAGGAAGAAGUAAACUUGAGAUAAGGAAUUUUGAUGUAGUCAUCUGCAUGUCAUAGUAAGUGUCAGAAGAAGCCAUGAGACACCUCAAACUGCAAUGGAGCUGGCUAGCCACUUUGCUGGUUUCAUGUCUAAGGAAAAAUAUAUCAAAUGCCUCUAAACCCAAUAUUUUAUUGAUGAUGGCUGAUGAUCUUGGUUUGGGGGAUGUAGGCUGCUAUGGUAAUGAUACACUAAGGACCCCUAAUAUUGACCAGCUAGCAAGGGAAGGAGUGAAACUUACUCAGCAUAUUAGUGCAGCUCCACUUUGCACUCCAAGCAGAGCAGCUUUCCUGACUGGCAGAUACCCUGUCCGAUCAGGAAUGGGAUCCAGCACAAAACUGCGUAUUCUUUAUUGGACUGGUGGCUCAGGAGGGCUCCCUCCAAAUGAAACAACUUUUGCCAGAAUACUGCAGCAGCAAGGUUAUACCACAGGACUUAUAGGGAAGUGGCAUCAGGGUGUGAACUGUGAAUUCCACAGUGAUCACUGCCACCAUCCUUUAAACCACGGCUUUGACUAUUUUUAUGGCAUGCCUUUUACCCUUGUAAACGAAUGUCAAAGUAGAGAAAAUCGUCUCCUCAAUGCUUCAAUGCAAGCUAAGUAUUGGCUUUACAGUAAGACAAUUGCCCUUGCAGUGCUCACGCUUUUGAUCGGAAAACUUACUAACUUAUUGUCAGUAAAAUGGAAAGCAAUCAUCUGCUUUGCCCUGUGUGGUUUCGUGUUUUUCAUCUCCUGGUACUCCAGUUAUGGAUUUGUAAAGUAUUGGAACUGUAUCCUGAUGAGAAACCAUAACAUUACUGAACAACCAAUGAAGCUAGAGAAAGCCGCUUCCAAUGUACUUAAGGAGGCUAUUUCAUUUAUUGAACGAAACAAGCAUGGGCCGUUCCUCCUCUUUGUUUCCUUUUUACAUGUCCACAUACCCCUUGUCACCACAGAGAAGUUUCUUGGGAAGAGUAGACACAGUUUAUAUGGAGAUAAUGUGGAGGAGAUGGACUGGAUGGUGGGCAGAAUUCUAGAUGCUAUUGACAAAGAAGGCUUGAAGAAUAACACAUUCACUUAUUUUACAUCUGACCAUGGAGGCUCUUUGGAGAAUCAAAAACAAAAUGUCCAGCUGGGUGGUUGGAAUGGAAUCUACAAAGGUGGAAAAGGCAUGGGAGGCUGGGAAGGAGGGAUCCGUGUGCCAGGGAUCGUUAGAUGGCCAGGAGUAUUGACUGCAGAUACAGUUAUUGAUGAACCUACAAGUCUCAUGGAUAUUUACCCCACAGUGGCUCACCUGGCUGUAGGACUAAUGCCUCAGGACAGGGUGGUCGAUGGCCGAAACUUGAUGCCCUUGCUUAAGGGAACAGUUCAGCACUCGGAGCAUGAGUUCAUGUUUCACUACUGUGGUCUAUAUUUACAUGCGGUACGGUGGCACCAAAAGGACAGUGGGGCGCUGUGGAAGGCUCAUUUUACAACUCCAAUAUUCCAGCCAGAGGGUGCUGGAGCCUGUUACAGAAGUGGAAUGUGCCAUUGCUUUGGGGAAGACGUAACCCAUCAUGACCCUCCUUUGCUCUUUGACCUCUCCAGAGACCCGUCUGAGUCUAAACCUCUGUCUCCCUCCACUGAGCCCCUGUUUGACACAGUAAUAAGCAGAAUUGAAAGAGCGGUGGAGGAGCAUCGCCAGACCCUGACUCCCGUCCCACAGCAGCUCUCUGGGUACAACAACGUGUGGAAGCCCUGGCUGCAGCCGUGCUGUGGGACAUUCCCUUUUUGCUGGUGUGACAAGGAAGGAGACAGUGACCAGGGCUUUCUUUAACCAAGGAAAGAGCAGAGAGGCCAUCACAGACCAGAAAAAAUAAAAGCAGCAGGGUAGCAUUUAAAUGAUUUCAGGCUGAAUGCUGACAUUCCUCUCCUUGGCUUCACCCUACACAUGCCCACCCUGCCAUUUAGCUCCAGUCAGUAGACCUGGAGUCUGCCUCAGUAAGGCCUGAACAUUAUCUCUGGGCCAUAUUCUGUCCCAGUUGCACCAGUGUAAUUUGCCUCAACAGUGAGCUCAGGCUUCAGCCCAGAGAUACUUUUCAUACUGACUUUAAAUUCGAAUAAAUCAUCGGUUACAUAGAACUGAAUCACCAAGGUAGUUCCAUUCAUGUUACUCAAAGUGUCACAGAAAUCAACAGGACUGUGUGGGAAGAUGGAUCUCAGGACUUAACCCUUUGUUUAUAGACACUAACCUGUAUUUCAAAACAAACUGGUGAUUCACUUUGGUACUGUGUCGAAAUGUGUCCACCUCAGCAAUUGUACAUCUGCUAAAUCACCUCAGUCCCUUGUCAGCAAAUCUGGUUGUCUGCCAUGGCUAUGAUUCCCAUGACAAAAAACAAAGGAAAAGAUUUUUAAAUAUUGCAUACCUAAUGAUAGGGAUCCUAAGCCCAUAGAGAGAUACCUUAAUAAACAGCUUGGCAUUCAGAAGUGCUGAGACUUAAUAGCUCCCAUUAAAUUAAAUACCAACUAGAAAAUGCACAGCUCCUGAAAAUUAUGCACCACGCUUUUCCCUAUUGAACUAGGUCUCUCGGCUACUGAAAUUGAUUAUUCAGAAAGUCAGUAUCUGCAUUGACAAGACUGGUACCAAAUUUCAGUCAGCGGAUAUGUCCAUAUGGAAUGAAACCCAGAACGAGUGGGACUCAGGUCCACUGAUCUGUGUUUGGCCUCCCUUGGCUUGCACAUCUAUAUUGUACAUUGUAGUGGAAAUGUGGAAGAUGAUUGUGAGGUCAAGGAAAUUGGGUGAUGUACCACAAUCCUUCCUUUUGUGCCUGCAUUUUCUUACAGGCCUGGAUGCUCUAGGCAGCCAUUUGUGCUUUUUGCUUCUUAUUAUUCUUUUGUUAUUCUCAAAGAGUGAGCUGUUUGCUCAAGAUGGUACAGUGUAGGAAUGCACUGUUGACUUUCAACAAGUUCUGGGACUGGUCCCAAGGCCAUGCAGCUGGUGUGGGAGAACAGGAGGGCUUGGGACGAUCACAUUGCUAUCUUUGCAGAAUGUUUCCCACCUGAUAAUGCUAAUUAUUUGGCCUGGGAAAAUAUGCAAAGUAUCAACAAGCUAAUUAUUGGAUGUGGGAAAAUACACAAUGUAUCAACAAUCUUGUUAGGUUCUCACAACGGGUGUGAUUACUGUAGAUCCAACAGUAUAUAAGUGCUGGGGAUAUUCCUAACAUUGGAACCUCGGUGUAGACCAAAGCCGCAGAAAGUGCUAUACACAGGCCACUGGGGUCUGUCCAUUGUCCUUCUUCAGGGGGUUCCCGGCAGCAGAAAGGGACAUAGGCAUUGCAUUUUAUUCUGAGGUCUGCUUAGGCUUAAUAAGCAUUGUACUUUCUUAAUAGGCAUUUCAUUUGAUUCUAAGAUUUGCUUAGGCUUAGUAAGUAUUGUAUUUUAUCUUAAGAUUUGUUCCAUUGUAUUUUACUCUAAUAUUAAGCAUAGUAUUUUACCUCAAUAUUUGCUUAGUAAAAUCUUUAAGCCUUCACCCAGUUUGUGCAUUUAUUGCUUCCCAAUCCCUUAAGGGAAGAACCAUUACCUCUUGGCAAUACAUACAUUAACCCUACAUUAAGACUUCUCUAACCCUCUGCUUGACCCCGGGGCUCUGAAAUUCAUACUGUAGUGUGCAGACCUGACUCUACGCAGAUCUGGCUGUGCUCCUGUGACCAUCUUGCUUUGUAAAAGGCAGGGUUGAGUGGAUAUCAAUUGAAAACCCAGGCAGCUCUUUGAUAGGGCACAAGGAAUGGAAAAAUCUCUCUAAUGGGAAGAGCCAUGAAGAGUUUGGCUUGUUUAAACUGAGCCAAAGGAAAGCUAUAGGGAGAUAAUUGUUCUUGAUGAGUAUAUCAGGGAGGGAGAGGAAUUAUUUAAGUUAAGUGCCAAUGUUGACAAAACAAAUGGAUAUAAACUGGCUGUGAAGUUUAGGCUUGAAAUAAGAUGAAGUUCUCGAAUCAGCAGUGGAGUGAAGUGCUGGAACAGCCUUCCAAGGGGAGCAGUGGAGGCAAAAAGCCCUAGCUGGCUUCAAGACAAAGCUUGAUAAGGUUAUGGAGGAGAUGACAGAAUGAAGCGGUCUAUAAUGGUAUAUACCUAAUCUGCAGCUGCUAGCAGAAGUUAUUGCCAAUGACCAGUGACAGGACAAGAGAUGGGGAGAGAAUUGCUACAGAGAAUUCUUUCACAAGUUUCUGGCUGCUGGGUCCUGUCCCAUGCUCAGAGACUAACUGAUCAUCAUAUUUGGGGUCAGAUAGGCAGAGGGCAGAUUGUCUUCCUCUUCAGCAUGGGGCAUGAGUCAAUUGCAGGCUUGGAAAAAAUGUAAUGGGUGACUGUACUAUAGCUUGGUCUCUAAACCCAUGAUUUGGGGACUUAGCCAGGGGUUAAGGGUCAAUUAUAGGAGUGGCUAGACCACCAUCAAAGUUCAGGCAACCCACCCAGAAUCCCCAGCAUGAAGCAGGGUGCUAUUGUAUGAGGUGCUGUACAAACAGAACAAAAAGACGGUCCUUGCUCUAGGCCAUCUGCAGUCCAAGUAUAAGAUAUUAGAGAACAGAUGGAGACAGAUGAGAUGAGAUAAACAAGGAAGAAAUGUUUUUAAAGCAAUUCAACAAGAGGAGAUUUUGAAGGAGAAUGAUGAAAUAAAUGGCUUAGGGGGCGGGGGCAGUGCUUCCUAACCACAAGGGGUUGUAUGGGAGAGAAUGAAGGUACCUGUUUGAAAACUUAACAAGAUGGUAGCUGGCAUCAUUGGCCAAGGGUAGGCAGAUGACGACAAGUAAGAUGGGAAUAGGCUGCAAAGGGCCUUAAAUGUUAAGAAGCAGAUUAUGUCCCAUGUGUUAGAGAAAGGGAUUCAAGGAGAAGAGUGACCUGUCAAAGCAACAACUUCAGAAAAUGAUCUCUGUAGCUGUAUUCUGAGUGUAUAUUGGAAAGACAAGAUUGCAUUUGUAAAAGAUCAAAGAAAGGGAUGUUGCAGUCGCUGAGAUGCCAAAUAAGGAGUGUCUGGAUGAAAGUACUAGAUGUGUGGAUGGAGAGGAAAGGCUGUAAUUUUAGAGUUAUGUAGCAAUAAACUGACAAGACUUAAACACCACCUGAAAAUGAAGCCCUAAAGAGGUCUGUCUUGAAGGUGACUCCCAGGUUAUGAGCAUUGUUGACAGGCAGAAUGGCAAUGUUAUCUGCAGUAAUUGAGAAAAGAGGUACUUGGAAGAAUUGAAAAGGGGCCAGGGAAUUAAGAUGGCUAAAGCAGAGCUUUAUUUUAUCUAAUGAUUAAAUAUCUCCAAGAAGAUGUCAGAGAGACAGGAAGAGAUUUUAGUUUGUACUGGAGACAGGUCUGGAGUAGAAAGGUAGAUUUCUAAGUUAACCACAUAGAGAUGGUAAUGGAAUAAUGGUAACGGUAAUCUGUACUCCAACUUUCUGCAGGGUUCGUAUGAAAGAUUCAAGAGGUCAGGUAUAGGAGGAAAAAAAGAGACUGGGACCAAAGACAGAGCCCUUGGGAACCCUACAGAAAGGUGGAGGGCAGAUUAAAAGGAUGCUGUGAAGGACAGGCUGAAAGAGGAAUCACAGAUGUAGGAGAACCAGGAUAGGACAACGUCACUGAAGCCAAGGAAGGACAGCAUUACAAGAAAGGCCAGGUCAGCUGUGUUAAAAGGCAGCUGACAAGUACUGGCUCUGAGACUUGGCCAAUGAGAGGCCAUGAGAGACUUUCGCAAGGACAAUUUCAGUUGAGUUCAAGAUUGGAGAAGCUAGGAUGGAACUGGAGAAGAUGAGCUUUCUGCUCCUCAAAAUUCUCAUCUAAGCCUCCGGUUAACUGAUUAAAUGGAAGUUUAAAUCCCCUCUGUAAUGUAUCAUCACUUUGAAUACUGUUUAUUUAAUUAAUUAAUAGUAAGUAUUGCAAUUAUGUUGUAGGGCUGAAUACAAGUCUCU